UAUGACUCUUUCAAAUUGCUUAUCAGCAGCUUUUGCAGGAAAUAAUGAAGAAGAGUGGGGUCUCUCCAUCCAUCAAUGUCAGAACAGAUCAGACACAACAGAAACCUGUGGGGAUUCUUUGUAUUCUUCCAUUGAAGUAGCCAAGAAAUCCAGUCUUUGCCUUCUCAAUGAAUCAACAGUAAACGGUGUUUUGGUAUCAUGUUAUUGUUCACAUAUAUAAUUGUAUUUGUUUCAAAUACAUAUAAUUUAAACUGGUGUUUUGGUAUCCAAAACGGAGAUAAAAUUUCCGCUAUAUGAUCUUAUCAGAUUCGUCUUCACGCUCGUUAAAGAAAGCUGGCAUUGGCGGGGAGAAAGAGGAUACAAUAAUUUCAUCGCCGUAAUAUAAAAAGCUUCCUCGUCUUGGCUUCCAGCUGGUAAUACCUCCAAACGCGGCUUCCGGAACUGCUACCUGCAUCUCGCGCUCUCCAAAACUGGUACACUGGGGCGCUGUUGAAGCCGUCCUUCCAAUCCAGGGCGAGGAGGAGCCGAAGGAUCUGCAAAGGCGGGUUCUUUCUUUUUCUUCCUCCUCUUCCUCGGAGUGGCUUGUUCUUGCGGCGGCGUGGUUUUUACAUUGUGAGAUUUGGCUUUUUUUAGAUCCCGAAUAUGCACCGACUGGUCUUUGGAGAGAGGACCUUUUAGAAAGGUUGGAUCUUGGUGAGUUCCGGGGGGGCAGAAACUAGAAAUUUUUGGGGAAUCUCCCUCAUUUUCUUGCUGGAACUGAAAUCAAACCGUACGGUGUGGACUUGAUCUUUUCGUGACGAUUUUCUACGUAAGAGAUCGAUUUUUGACGAGUUUUUAUUUUCUGGCUAAAGUUAGUUGUAGGUUUUGGGCGAUUCGCUGUUGCUGCUACAAGUAGGUGUUGAAAUCUUUUUGGAACGUGGUGACCUUUAAGCGGACAUAGAUCUUGAGCAUUCAGACUGGUGUAGUCACUUGGUCUCACGUUGGAGCAGAGCAUUUCCAUUGCAGCACCAUAGGAUUUGGGAUGAUGAUCUCUGAUGGGGUGAAUUGGUUUAGAGCUUCGCUGAUUCUGAUUGUGGGUGUGCGAAGAAAUGCUGUUGCAUUCAUGGAGAUAUGAAGCUCUGUUGAGUUCGCCAGCCUUCGAGAAAGACUCCUGAUGGAAAUGGUGUUGCCGAUGCUCUUCUGAGCAUUCUUGGUAGAGACCGGAGUUGGUUUGUUGUCAUGAUGGUGCAUUGGAAGAAAGAGAUGGCGUCUUUCCACUAUGCGUCGCCGCCGCCGCCGCCGCCACCGGAUGUCAUUCCACCACCACAAACUCAGCCCAGUAGGUAUUGCAGCCCAUCGCCGACUUGGACCCCGUCGCCUUCUUCCAUUGCCGAUCCCCCUUCAUCCCCUCCCCUGCCGCCACCUCUUCCAACUGCACCACCGCCAGCUUCCGAGCCACCAAGUGCUCCACUUGAUGCCUUUUCUCCACCACCAAAAGCCUUGUCGCCGCCACCACCGGAAUCCCAUCCUCCUCCUCCUCCUCCGUUGUCAUCACCUCCACCGCCAGUGCUGCCAUUGUCACCUUCACCAGCUGUUAUGCCUCCAAUAUUACCAAUCUACUAUCAAUCGCCACCACCACCACCAUCGCAUGUACCACCUUUGACUUCAUUGGCACCUCCACCUAAAGUGCUCCCACCUUCUCCUUUUCCAUCUAUUAGCAAUUAUACUCCACCUUUAUCUUCUCCUGUGCCCCAUGGAAACCUGCCAUCACUACCUUCAGCUACUCCAGUUAAGCCCAACACCACAAAGUCAUCCAAUCCCACAAAAAAUGCAGGUUCCAUAAAACGUAGCAGCCACUUCCCGAGAGGCACCAUAAGUACUGCUGAAUCUGUUGCAACAUUUGCUGUUGUAGCAGGUCUUGUGAUGCUUACUUUUGUUGGAGCAGCUGUGUGGCUUGUGAAGAAGCGAAAGAAGCCAGUUGAACCUCCUCGACAUGGUGGAAAUCUUGCUAUGGCUUCAACAGUAUCUUCACAUAUGUCAGAGUUAUCCCGUUCAAGAUCUUCAUUAAAUCCUCUUGUAAGACAUGGGUCUGGAGUGAGUUAUGGCUUCCCUUACUCAGCACUGGAACCAGGGUUAGGUCACGCAAAAUUGUGGUUUACAUUGGAGGAGCUAUCACUCAUUACAAACGACUUUUCAACUCAGAAUCUGUUAGGUAGAGGUGGAUCUUGUUGUGUAUAUAAAGGACUCUUACUGGACGGAAGGGAAGUGGCCGUGAAGCAGCUCAAAGUUGAUGGUGCACAAGGAGAGCGUGAAUUCAAAGCAGAAGUUGAAAUUAUUAGUCGUGUACACCAUCGCCACCUGGUUUCACUUGUAGGAUACUGUAUAUCAGAGAACCAGAGAUUGCUUGUCUAUGACUAUGUGCCCAAUAGAACUCUUUAUCAUCAUCUUCAUGGGAAAGGAAGGCCAGUAAUGGAUUGGACAAUAAGGCUUAAGGUUGCUGCUGGUGCAGCUCGUGGAAUAGCAUACCUUCAUGAAGAUUGUCACCCUCGGAUAAUCCACAGAGAUAUAAAGUCCUCAAAUAUUCUUUUAGAUUACAACUUUGAAGCUCAGGUUUCUGAUUUUGGUCUUGCAAAGUCAGCUAUGGAUACUAACACACACGUGACCACACGUGUAAUGGGAACAUUUGGAUACCUAGCUCCAGAGUAUGUGAGAAGUGGAAAGUUAACUGCUAAAUCUGAUGUGUAUUCUUUUGGUGUGGUUCUUUUAGAACUUGUUACAGGACGGAAGCCUGUUGAUACAUCUCAACCUUUGGGAGAUGAGAGUCUUGUUGAAUGGGCUCGACCAUUGCUUAUUCAAGCACUUGAAAACGAAGAUCUUGGAGAUCUGCCAGAUCCUAGGCUCGAUGGAAACUAUAACAAAGAUGAGAUGUUUCGUAUGAUCGAAGUUGCAGCUGCAUGCACUCGUCAUUCAUCAGAUAUGAGGCCUCGAAUGGGUCAGGUGGCCAGAGCUCUCGAUGGUUUAUCCGAUUUAGAUAUAAACAAUGGCAUCCAGCCAGGCCAUAGUGAAACCUUUAAUUCAUCUCCACAGUCUGAAGAAAUCAGAAUAUUUCAGAGGAUGGGAUUCGCCAGCAAGGAUUACAGUGGUGAUUGCAGUCGAACUAGCUAAACGAUUGUUCCCUUUCAAUCAUUUUCUGUAUCAAUUUUGUUGUAAUUAGAUCCAAAACAUAAUUGUAAAAGUUUAUAUAGUCUCAACCCAUUUUUUUUGUUUCAUUGAAUAAAUCCUACAUCUUUAUCCUCCUAAACUGCAGGUGGUUCUUUGCAUCUGUUGAGACUGUCUUUGUAAAGUCUUCUUCUUAGCAGCAAAUUUGCUGUAUGCUACACUGACACCAAUGUUUGGUGUCAGAUGGUUUAAAAGAUUUUUUUGCUUCAUUGAGCCA